UUGCAUAUAAAGCUUAAACGAAUUCCGAGUUCCGACCGUUCGAGCUUUGCCGUUCGAGAUUUCGGGCAAAGAUUUAUCAGAGCGAGUGACAAAAUAUCGCUACAGGAGACGUCGAAAUUUGUGGCAAAAUUAGGAGAUUUCAACUGAUGCGAUAACGCCAAAAAUUAGCCCGUUCUAUGGAGCGAAUAUUCACCUACAUCGCGGCAUUACUUAGUCGUUUCUUGUUUUCAUUUCACACUGGAAUUACUGUGUGGUGGUUGAUACAAGUCACACAAGAUCAGCGAUACUGGUAUAUCUUAGGAUAUUGUUUAUCGUGCUUGCUGUUGGAGACGUUGGUUACGGUCGUUUAUCGAAAAGGGCAUGAAUACUACUGGUUUUGUCCCAGUAUAUUCGUCUUUACUACGGCAGAAAUCCCAUGUUUUGGAAUCUUACGACUUCAGUUGGGCAGUUGCUUACGGAUGAGUGAAACGACUGGGGAUGCUGGCAUAAGAUGCUCCACGAACGUGACAGAUAUUGGCAACCAGAUUCAAAGUUUGGGCCUAAACACGCUGUUUGCCGAUGAUGAAAAAGUCGUGUCCGCAUUGGACCAGACGUUUCUUCUUUUGCUCGUGAUUGGCCGGUGGUUGCUGCCCAAAGGACAAAUGUCACGUGAACAACUGUCGCAGUUGUUGCUCAUCUACAUUGCUGCCGCCGCUGACAUUGUAGAACUGACGGAAAUUUACGAAGUUCGAGACGUGCUAUCUAAUUCAGGCAUGAUAAACCUGCUCAUAGCCCUGUGGUCGAUCAGCCUCCUGCAGUUUUCCGUUACGAUUCAAAACGUCGAAAGCGUUGCACAGGACAAAGCAAACCAGGAAGUGAAACUCGAGAAGGAAAAGGAACGUGGAGAAAAAAGCGAGACGAACAUCGAAAUUACGACUGGUAAAAAAUCAAACCGUGUUGCUCCUGCCUUGUACACUUACAAACUAGCGCAGAGGAAGGCUUUCGAAAGGCAACGUGAGCGACGAAACACAAUGGAUUUGGACUCCUUAAAGCCUAUAUCCCACGGUAGAGAAAACCAACAGCAAAACGACAGCGUUAAAAAAAAAGAUGGAGUUCUUUUGAGGAUUUUGAAAGCUUUGAAACGGUUCGAAAGCACAGUGCAAAAUUUUAUACACACUCAUAUAGACUUGAUACAGCUUCUGACACCAAUGCUGCUUCAGGAUGGACCUUUUUUAAUAUUGCGUUUGUUUGUGGCCUCUGAAUACGAUAUCAGUGAAAGUAAUAUGUUCUUGUUUUUGAUCGCAAAGAACGCUUUGGUGGUCAUGUUGCAAGUCUACCGCAUAUGUGUGCUGUACUGUAAGCCGAGUUCGAGUGAGGGGACUGAGGACGAUAUAUUCACCGAGAUAGGACCGGUUAAAUUACGUAAUGUUCAAACUGCUCAUGCGUCCAUGAGGACGGCAACGUUGACAAUGCAGGCAGUCUCAAAGUUUAAGAAGAACCGGUCAUACAAGAUGAAACGAUCACGAACGUUCUCGCUUACACUAAGUAACCGCCUGGCGGGAUUUAGGCGGAGGAGAAACGAGAGCAUGGACACUAGUUCGAAGGCUAGUAGCUCGAAACAGGAGGGCGAAAGAUCAGAUGGUAACGAAAAUAAUGCCAUGGCCGGGCUGCAAACCAUAUAACAUUUGAUGUAAUAUAUUUAGUAUGUUGUAGCAGCUCACGGGCACUAGAAUCUACCUCCUCCGCAGGCCCUCGCCUCGCACCUCCUCCGCAGGCCCUUUUCCGGGCAAAUAUGCACUAGAUGACUAGAACCACAUUUUAUAUUCUCCAUUUUCAAGUAUAUUUCAUACUAAUAUUGCAAGCUUUUAUGAACCGUGCAUUAUCUGGUUUCAAAGUAUAUUUAAUCUAAUAUUGUACCAGUAAUAUAUACCUAUAUGACAGGAAAAAAACCUCGAGAUGUUCGCUUUCAAAACUAUGCAAUAUGGCCGCAUCCCUAAUAUAAGUAAUCUAACGAAGCAUGUCACAUUUACCUUUGCA